AGCAUGUUCUCUCUUCGCCCUCCGCUCGCUACCCUCGAUCCCCAGCAGCUCGAACUUCCCAUGAAGGGGCUCAGCCUGGCAGACAAGGAGAACACGCCGCCGUCCCUGAGCAGCGCCCGGGUCCUGGCGAGCAAGGCUGCGAGGAAGAUCUUCCAGGAGCCGGAGGAAACUAAAGUACCUGCUCCCAGCUCUGAGAGUGAACCAUUGCUGAGAGAAAACCCCCGCCGCUUUGUUGUCUUUCCUAUUGAAUAUCAUGACAUUUGGCAGAUGUAUAAGAAAGCUGAGGCUUCCUUUUGGACCGCCGAGGAGGUGGAUCUUUCCAAAGACAUUCAGGACUGGGAAGCCCUUAAGUCUGAGGAGAGAUACUUUAUAUCCCAUGUUCUGGCCUUCUUUGCUGCAAGUGAUGGAAUAGUGAAUGAAAACCUGGUGGAGCGGUUUAGCCAAGAAGUCCAGGUUACAGAAGCUCGCUGUUUCUAUGGCUUCCAAAUUGCCAUGGAAAACAUACAUUCUGAAAUGUAUAGUCUCCUUAUUGAUACUUAUAUUAAAGAUCCUACGGAACGGGAAUUUCUCUUCAAUGCCAUUGAAACGAUGCCCUGUGUAAAGAAGAAGGCAGACUGGGCCUUGCGUUGGAUUGGGGACAAAGAAGCUACCUAUGGAGAACGUGUUGUAGCCUUUGCAGCAGUUGAAGGAAUCUUCUUUUCUGGUUCUUUUGCGUCAAUAUUCUGGCUCAAGAAACGAGGACUGAUGCCUGGCCUCACGUUUUCCAAUGAACUUAUUAGCAGAGAUGAGGGUUUACACUGUGACUUUGCUUGCUUAAUGUUCAAACACCUGGUAAACAAACCCUCGGAGCAGCGAGUAAAAGAAAUCAUUGUUGAUGCUGUUAGGAUAGAACAGGAGUUCCUUACGGAGGCCUUGCCUGUGAAGCUUAUUGGGAUGAAUUGCACUUUAAUGGCACAGUACAUUGAAUUUGUCGCAGACAGACUAAUGUUGGAACUGGGUUUUAACAAGGUGUUCAGAGUAGAAAAUCCGUUUGAUUUUAUGGAGAAUAUUUCACUGGAAGGGAAGACUAACUUCUUUGAGAAGCGCGUAGGCGAGUAUCAGAAGAUGGGAGUGAUGUCGAGUCCAACAGAGAAUUCUUUCACCUUGGAUGCGGACUUCUAAAUGAACAGAAGAUAUGCUCUUACUUGGCUGAUAUUUUUUUUUUCCACCUCUCAUCUAAAAGGAAAAAAGAUCAGCUG